GCUCUCUUCCCCACUGGCCAAUGCGCACAAAGCCCUCUCUGCACCCUCAACGCAACUGUAUUCAGAGAUACAUGCCUUUGUGCUCUAGUACGACGCGACCCUAAUGGCCUCGUAGCGACUGUGAUAUUCCGUGUUUGUAUGAGAGCAGGGCAGCCCUGUUCGCACACACAGCUCAUCUCCAGAUGCGUCUGGCCCUGGCGGGUGUAGCGGCUGAGAUGCUGAGCGGCGCAGCCAGCAGAGCUAGGCCGAGGCUCGGCACCUUCUUGCUGGCCCCCGCCACCAAAACAGUACCGCCGCUGGCAGGCACGGGGAGCCAGAGAUUUCGGUCAACGUCCUCGAUGCAGGGAUAUUCAGAGAUGGCACGAGAGCGGUCGAAGACUGUCACGUCGUUUUAUAACCAGUCUGCAAUAGAUUCUUCUGCAGAAAAGGCCUCUGUUCGACUGACUUUAGCAACCCUGUUGUAUUCUGGGAAGUCUGCCGAUGGACACCACAUCUUGAGCAGUGCCAAGUACCUCCACAAGGAGCUGCCUGUACGAAUCGCUCAUCGCAUCAAGGGUUUCCGUAGUUUGCCCUUCAUUAUUGGCUGCAACCCCACGAUUCUGCAAGUGCAUGAACUGUAUAUCAGAGCCUAUCACAUGCUCAGUGACUUUCCAGAGAUCAAGGAUCAGGACGUGGAGGCUCGUUUCUGCAAACUAGUGCGGCAGCUGCUGGACGACCACAAGGAUGUGGUCACAAUGCUGGCACAGGGCUUCAGGGAGUGUCGCAGACACAUCCAGGAUGAGAUGGUCAUCCGCAACUUCCUGGAUACAACGCUGUGCUCUCGUUUGGGAAUACGAAUGCUGGCCACGCACCAUCUCGCCCUUCAUGAAGAUAAUCCUGAUUUUGUUGGGAUCAUAUGCAGACGUCUCUCACCCAAAAAGAUCAUCGAGAAGUGGGUGGAUUUUGCCAGACGUCUCUGCGAGCACCAGUACGGUAACUCGCCCAGGGUGAGGAUCAACGGACACGUAGCAGCUCGCUUCCCGUUCAUCCCUCUGCCUUUGGAUUACAUCCUGCCAGAGCUCCUCAAGAACGCCAUGAGGGCCACCAUGGAGAGCCAUCUGGACACCCCAUACAAUCUCCCCGAUGUGGUUGUCACCAUCGCUAAUAACGACAUAGAUUUUGUCAUCAGGAUCUCGGAUCGCGGCGGCGGUAUCCCUCACAAUAUCAUAGACAAGGUGAUGGACUACCACUUCAGCACAGCUGAGGAGAGUGCACAGGAUCCCCGCAUGAGCAACCUCUUCAACAACAUCACCAACAGUGGGAAUCAGUCUAACCCUAUGCAUGGGUUUGGCUUCGGCCUACCCACGUCUAGGGCCUAUGCGGAGUACCUCGGUGGCUCUCUGUCUAUUCAGUCUAUGCAGGGCAUUGGCACUGAUGUUUAUCUGCGUCUGCGCCAUAUUGAUGGCAAAGGAGAGAGCUUCAGGGUGUAACGUUCCCCACGUCAGUAAUCCAUGUAGACGCCAGCCAGGAAAUCAGGCCGUGCAGGAGUGCAGAGGGUUUCCCACGACGAAGGCUGGUGAGGACGAGGACGAAAAGUGUUUUUCAGAAAGCUCCUAAAUUCACUAACCCACUACUUGUUCUUUAGUUUGUCUUUUUGCCUUAGACUGAUUAUAAGCUAUGUUACCUGUCAAGGUGAUGAUUUCUGUUGUUUUUCCUUUUGUGUUCUUUUUGUUUUGUACCCUGUGGCAUGUUGUAUUGAAGUUUGAGGGGCGGGGCGGGUAAUGAACUUUGAAUGUGUAGGUUAUCGGGACAAACUGUGCAUGAUAAUUGAUAUUAUUGAUGACGAUGAUUAUGAGAGACAGAGGAAAGCAAGAAAGAAGAGCUUCAGUUUUAAAGAAGUUCAUGAUGAAGUUGCAUAUCUAAUAGCCUCAAAGUAGAAAUUUCGAUGAUAAAUGUUUCAAGUGGAACUAUUGAGACACUCCAGCAGCCCUGUCAAAAUCUCCUCAAAGUUAUCAAUGCUGCUCAUGUGUUAAAUUACCAAAUCCUCCCAGCGUGUCAUUGACUGCAAGGGGAAACGUUGGUAGAAGCAGUAUACAUGCUUCGCUUAAUUAUCCUCUUCUUAAAGCUCAUGCGCUCUCCUCAAACACCGCUUUCUUCUUCUGCUGUACAGCUGUGGCUCUUAAAAACAGAAGAAACUGCCAAAAACACCAAAUGCUCAUUAACACAUUUCUGUCUUCUGUUCUGAUGAGUGUCUUUGUCGAGCAGCGUCUUUGCAGAGCUUUUGAACGGGGAAGUCGACCGAGAUGUUCAGCUGCCUUACGCGUGACACUAGUCCUUUAACUGCAUGCUGAGUUCUUUUGUUUUCUUUGUGGUACUUACCUUUAUUGGGUCACACAGACACACACCAUGUCAGAACGUUUCACUAGUAAUGAAUAGGUUUCCUGUUGUAAUGCUCAGUGCAGAUCAUAGCAGGUUUUAACAUUGUAACAACUUUCAAAGUAACAAUAUACCAGAGAAGUAUUGUCUGAUAUACGCUUCUUUAUUCGUUAUUUGACUGUUUUCUCACAGUUUUUCUUUAGGAAGGUGUAUAUUUUCUUUUUAAAACAAGGCUUUGCAGAAGGUCCCAUUUAAUUUCACAGCAUCAGUAGACAAAAGAGUUUCUCCACCGUUAGCCAAGUUUGCUGGUCUUCUAUUAGGUAUAGAUCACUGCUUGAUUAUGUCAUUAUUGUGAAUGGCCAAACUUGUAAGUAGGACACACUUUAUGUGUGUGUAUAGUCAGUGUGAUUGUCAAUUUGGUGGAUGAAAAAGUAGCACCAGUACCCUACAGGUGGGUUCAAAGCUUCCGGCUUCCUCCCACAGUCUAAAGGUGUACAUGUUAGGGUGAUUGGUGACACAAAAUUGUCCGUCUCUCUGUGUUUGCCCUGCGAUAGGCUGGGGCUCCAGAAAAUAGAUGCAUAGAUGGACCGAUGAAAAACAGAAUGUGUUUGAGAAAAUAAUGAGAUAACCAUGUUGUGAUCUCAGUAUUUGUACAAGAAAAUCACAGCAGCAUCUGUACGGACACUGUUGGGAGUAGAGAAAAAAAAUCGAGCAGAGUCAGGUGUUGAAAAAGUUGCGAUAUAUGAGUUAACACAAACACUCCUUGCAGUUUGUUGAACAUUCCCCAGUGGGUCCCAGCUCCAACAGAUCAAUCAGAAAGCUACACCUCUUCUGUUUGAUCCGUGGGCUUGUUAUUGCAUUAACUUUUUUUGUUUCAUUUGAAAGGGCAUUAGAAAUCUUAGGAUGUUAUCUGCAAGAUGUAACAUCUCUAAAUUUUUAAAAUCCGUCAGGUUUUUGUUUGUUUGUUUGUUUGUUUGUUUUUUAGAUUUCAGUGAUACGGUCUUUAUCAUUAGCCUGAAGUUGUGCGACAUAUUAUUCUACAGCUGAAUGCAUAUUACUUGUAUAGACUAUGAACUGGUUAGAAACAAAAUGACAAAGAUCUUUAAAAAGUUGAGUACAGAAAGCUUCAUUUCUUUCCCUGAUUUUACAUACAAAUUAGUUCAAAUGCCAUUUUAAACCUGUGAGACAUUGUGAACGUAUUCUUUUGCCUUCAGAAUCUAUUUAAUUUUGUAAAGGCUGGUAUUUAUUUUGACAUUUUGUGAAGCAAAAACAGCCCCCUAUGAUUAACUGUUUAAAGGUCAGAGAGGGUAUACUGUCUGUACCUGUAUUCUUGAUGAAGCCUUCUACAUGUUUUUAUUACUGAUUUGACAGUCUUGAAGUUCUUGUAUAUACUUUAGCGUAUACACGUUAAGGCGAGGGAGCAUAAACAAUCAUAGCUUCAAAAAAUGCAGGUGAACAUUUGAGGUUUGUAUCUCCUUUUGGAAAUAUUACUGUAAAGAGCAUUUUGAGGAUUCCUCCUAUUAAAAAAAAAAAUGCUGAGAGUGGUUUUGCACAUUUUGAAUUUCACUGCCAGGCUGUAGCUUUUCAUAAACAUAAAAUGUGCACUGUAUGCCCCCUGUAGGCCACAAAAGAGAAGGGCAGACUGAAAAAUACUGUUCAUGGAGAGAAUAUCAAGUGAUUUUUUUUUUCCAAGGAAGAAGAGGACAUGGUGAAUACAAGUUAAUUUAAUUGUCUAGAAUUCAGAUUAAUUUUGCAUUUUAAAAUGAGGAUCAGAAAAAAGUUCAUUUAGAAAUGAUCUCCAGUACAAUACCAAAAUAUUCAAGUCAUGUUACUGAGAAAGUGUGCUUUUUUUUUUUCUCUGACUGAAAUUAGUUUCUCCCACAUUUUCUGUAGAUAUUAAAUUUCACUUUGUUGGAACUGAGA